CUGAGAUGUGGCAGUGUUCCCUCCCACAAUAAAGAUUGUCUAAGCAUUCCAAAGCUCUGAGUUGGAACUAGAGCAGGAGAACUGAACUGUUGCAGCACAGUCCAGCACAAGACGUUUUUAACAGUCAUUAAGAGAACCAUAUUCUGCAAUAAAAAAACCUUUGGAAACUGGCUCUGCGAACGCCAAAGAUGGCUGGGAUUGUAGCCUGCGUCUUCCUUUCUUUUGUCACCCUAAUCAAUGCCCAGGCUCAGACCGCUUUCCUGGAGUACAUACAAGGAAGGAUGGGAGUUUUGGAGGUAAGAGGAACAAAGUUGCAAGGAUCUGUCACGAUCCUGGCAAUAAAUAAACUAGUAGCAAUCCCUGGUUUCUGGGGAAUUGUAAUAUGUAGUAAUGCAUGUAUGUCUGAUUUAAAAAAAAAAACAGGUAUCUGCUACGUUCAUCCCUAUAGUAAGAAAUGGUGCUUCCAUUGCAUUGUGCAAUGCGAGUGUUAACCAUGGAGCUGCAUCCUCUGAUUAUUAUAUAGAAAGUGGAAAAUUUAUAAACUAUUGGCUGACAAAUUUGAAUUAGCAUGGGAGAGAUUCAUCAAAUUAUCUGUUUUGUGAGGGGUUCCAAUUUAUUAAUGUAUGUUAAAUAUAGUUUUGCCUUUAUUUUUGCUUUGCAUAUUCUGAUGGCUUUAAAUAUCCCAUUCUGAUAGCCCAUUCAAUGCCAUGUGUGUGUGUGUUUGUGUGUGUGUCCGUCUGUUUGUCUGUCUUUCUACCUAUCUUUUUAGCCUCCCUUAUUUUGCCAAUUAUAUAGCACAUAGACGGCAUAAAAUAUGGCACCUAUUAUUAUCCAGAGGUUUAUUACAAAGUUUAUUUUAAAAAAACGAAAAACACCAUAAAACAUAUCUUUAUGCCCAUACGAAGACAGACACCUCACUGCAGACGAAUCUUCCCCUGUUGAAGUUGUCAAUCUUGAUGACAUUUGUCCAGUCUGAUGUUUCUCAUAGAGAAAAUUGUGUGCCAGUCAUUGUAAUCUCCAAAUCUAGUGAUUCUCUCCAGCCAUCCAGUGAUCGUCAAAUAGAUUAAACUGGCACUUUUAUGAUACAUUGAGGUCUGCUGACUCCAUGUGAAUUUACGUUAAAGGGCACCAAAACCUCUACAACUUAGUAUUGGCAAUGAGCACUGGGGGCCGGUUAGUCAGCACUUUCCGCAAUGCGUGCCCCCUCCCCCUUCCGAAAAAAACCCAAAACAAUCAGGUGUAGCUUACUAGUUUUUUCAAUUAACCCAACCUCAACAGAACCGUUUGUGACGGUGUCUGGUCACCUAUAUUUAUACACGACACAUGGAUACCAAGUCGCUUUGCAAAUUUAUUUUGCUCAUGAAACUCACCUUCAUUAUUGUAUACAUUAACAUUAUUGUCCUCAAUUAUUAAUGUGCUGUUCCUUCAUCGAUCAAACUCUAUUUGCCUAACUUUAAGUAUUUCCAUUCUACUCAUUUGUUGUGCUUCUCCAGGAUCCUUCAAAGAUUUGUUUUAGUUUAGAAAUCAUUUCCUUCCUAUCACCUGCUUUAUCAUUCUUUCCUAUUGGUGCUUUGUUCCUUUUCCUCUAUUCAUACCUCUCUGUACAUGCAAUGAGAGGUCUGUUUGGAGUACUGGUCCGUGGGAGGAGAAGAGUGGAGCAGUCAUUCUUCAAAAGUUGUUCUAUAAUGGCUUCUUAUCAACCAGCCCAGAGGCCUGAGGGAAAAAUGCGUCACAUUGUAUUCAUCAAUGACCAGUGCAAUGAGAUUGAACAUACAAAAAGAUUUAAAAUAUGUCUACACAUUAUAUGGGUGACUGCAUUUGAAAACCAUCGCCUAAUAAGAGGGUAAUAAAGACAGAAAAAAGAUCAGAAGGGAGUCAAACAGCCUCCCCUGGUGUCCAUGAUAAUUUGCCUACAUUUAGUACUUUAGACCAUUUUUUUUAACAGAACACUUUCAUUAAUUUCCUACUUUUUUAUUAUUAUUCCUCAAGUUAAGUGCCUGCCAGACAGAUAAACUUUUAAAAAGCAGUCCAACCAAAGUUGACUGUAUGGUAACCCUGACUUUAAGGAACACUAUAGUGUUAGAAAUACAAAACAGUAUUCAAAACACUAUAGUGUACCUCUGCCCCCACGCACAUGGUGAAUAAACGGUUUAAAAAAAACCUCCUCCAAAGUCAGCAAUGGGGGGAACCUAAAGUGCAUGAAUCGAUGCUUUGAAGACGCUAGACAUCCUCAUGCAAAGUGUGAAACACCAGGAGGCGCCUCUAGUGGCUCUCUGGUAGUCAGCCACUAGAGGCAGACUUAACCCUGCAAUGUAAACAUUGCAGUUUCUCUAAAUAUAGGUGGCGUCACUAGUUUAUAUGUCAUGUCACUUUCAAGAUCUCCCAUAGAGCACUGCAUCCUGUUCUGGAAACACGGCUGUAAGAAACACAAUAAUGUUAGAGCCUGGUUAUAAUUCGGAGAUGUGCCUUUAAGACAGAGCAGAGAUGGGGAAACUGCAUGGCUUGGGGGUAACAUUAAAACAUAACGUUUAUUUUUACAGAAAAGCUACUGUAUAUAAAACAGAUUUCCAUUACUACUGGAAGGGGCAAAAUAUCACAAAGAUAAGCCUGGUCUGUUUGUACUUUUUAGACUUUAGGGCAUUGGCAGAAUAGAUGAAUGGAUGGAACGACUGGUUUCUACUUACAAAUCUAUGUUGUAUACAAUUUACGCAAGGAACACUGUCUUAAUAUAAAACAACUUCUAGGCCUCAAGACAAAGUUAUUCGAACAUUCUCAACUCAGAAACAUCUCACAGCACAUUCACACAAUGUUUAUUGCAUCAGUCCAGUAAGAGAAUAUUGCCCUCUAGCAUAACAAAAUAGGAAAAUUUUAACCUCAUAGCUCAUGCGGUUGAGCUUAAAGUACAGUGUCAUUAAACCAUUAUGAUGUGUUGGCAUUUAGUUAGUAAAAUAUACAUCUGCCUCCCAAAUGACUUGCAAACGUGCAGUUUGCAUGCUAUUAAACAUUUGGGUUGUUUUCAUCAGAAAAACAACAGAAUACACAUUUUACCUGUUCAGUUCUUUUUACACUUGCUGGCAUGAUUCAUAAAGUCACUGUCUAACUGCUAUGGGUGCUGGUGCCGUGGACAGAAUCAGAGAGGUGCCUUCUUUAAGGGUCCACCAUGCUGCUGUUGCUCCUACUUGGUCAGCAUUUGGCAGUUGUAGGUUCCCCAAGAGUGGAUUCCAUGGUAGCCACAGCUCUGUGUAAUUGCUGAACUUGUUGGGUAAGCCCCUCCACUUGGAUCGCGUUGACUUGCAACCUAUCUUCCCAUGCUCUCUGUCUCUCCUCUACCCCCUUGAUCUUCUGGGUUACAAUGCCCAGCACAAGUCUAGGAGCAGCCUAUUGAUAUCCCUUUUUGUUGCGUGUGUAGAGUCUUCAUCAGACUCUGUCUCUUGGCCAUCUUCACUGUGGUGGGGAAAAAGCAUGAGACUCCACUUCCGAGUUUUCCACUGUGUCGUGCUGCGGGGUCUCUCAUGGUGUAGACUUCUCAAAAGAGAUCAAGGAUACACCUCCUAUAAGGAGGGGUGUGUGUGUAACAAUAAAAGGUGCUAAAACGUGAAUAAAAUAGGAGCAGCUCUAUACACUUAUGUGGAAAUAUUCUCUUAUCCACAAAGGAGAGUCUAAUGUCAACUUUUGACUUUCAGGUACCUGAAAUCUCUUGAUCUUGCAGCCCCAUGUUGUCAUCUGGUGUGGGCAGUAAAAUAGAUUUCUCUGUGGAGUGUUUUAGGUGGGAUAAAACUAUUACAUUUUUUUUACGGUGCUGGUACGGAACUCCACAGGAACAUGUCUGUUAAGUCUCAUAGUCAGCCACGCCACCACAUAAGUAUUUUUUUUAGUUUUCCCUAUACAGGGAGUGCAGAAUUAUUAGGCAAGUUGUAUUUUUGAGGAUUAAUUUUAUUAUUGAACAACAACCAUGUUCUCAAUGAACCAAAAAAACUCAUUAAUAUCAAAGCUGAAUAUUUUUGGAAGUAGUUUUUAGUUUGUUUUUAGUUAUAGCUAUGUUAGGGGGAUAUCUGUGUGUGCAGGUGACUAUUACUGUGCAUAAUUAUUAGGCAACUUAACAAAAAACAAAUAUAUACCCAUUUCAAUUAUUUAUUAUUACCAGUGAAACCAAUAUAACAUCUCAACAUUCACAAAUAUACAUUUCUGACAUUCAAAAACAAAACAAAUCAGUGACCAAUAUAGCCACCUUUCUUUGCAAGGACACUCAAAAGCCUGCCAUCCAUGGAUUCUGUCAGUGUUUUGAUCUGUUCACCAUCAACAUUGCGUGCAGCAGCAACCACAGCCUCCCAGACACUGUUCAGAGAGGUGUACUGUUUUCCCUCCUUGUAAAUCUCACAUUUGAUGAUGGACCACAGGUUCUCAAUGGGGUUCAGAUCAGGUGAACAAGGAGGCCAUGUCAUUAGAUUUUCUUCUUUUAUACCCUUUCUUGCCAGCCACGCUGUGGAGUACUUGGACGCGUGUGAUGGAGCAUUGUCCUGCAUGAAAAUCAUGUUUUUCUUGAAGGAUGCAGACUUCUUCCUGUACCACUGCUUGAAGAAGGUGUCUUCCAGGAACUGGCAGUAGGACUGGGAGUUGAGCUUGACUCCAUCCUCAACCCGAAAAGGCCCCACAAGCUCAUCUUUGAUGAUACCAGCCCAAACCAGUACUCCACCUCCACCUUGCUGGCGUCUGAGUCGGACUGGAGCUCUCUGCCCUUUACCAAUCCAGCCACGGGCCCAUCCAUCUGGCCCAUCAAGACUCACUCAUUUCAUCAGUCCAUAAAACCUUAGAAAAAUCAGUCUUGAGAUAUUUCUUGGCCCAGUCUUGACGUUUCAGCUUGUGUGUCUUGUUCAGUGGUGGUCGUCUUUCAGCCUUUCUUACCUUGGCCAUGUCUCUGAGUAUUGCACACCUUGUGCUUUUGGGCACUCCAGUGAUGUUGCAGCUCUGAAAUAUGGCCAAACUGGUGGCAAGUGGCAUCGUGGCAGCUGCACACUUGACUUUUCUCAGUUCAUGGGCAGUUAUUUUGCGCCUUGGUUUUUCCACACGCUUCUUGCGACCCUGUUGACUAUUUUGAAUGAAACGCUUGAUUGUUCGAUGAUCACGCUUCAGAAGCUUUGCAAUUUUAAGAGUGCUGCAUCCCUCUGCAAGAUAUCUCACUAUUUUUGACUUUUCUGAGCCUGUCAAGUCCUUCUUUUGACCCAUUUUGCCAAAGGAAAGGAAGUUGCCUAAUAAUUAUGCACACCUGAUAUAGGGUGUUGAUGUCAUUAGACCACACCCCUUCUCAUUACAGAGAUGCACAUCACCUAAUAUGCUUAAUUGGUAGUAGGCUUUCGAGCCUAUACAGCUUGGAGUAAGACAACAUGCAUAAAGAGGAUGAUGUGGUCAAAAUACUCAUUUGCCUAAUAAUUCUGCACUCCCUGUACAUGUAGCUUAACAUAUCAGCAUUUGCCUAGUUCAAUUCAUUUAAUUUGUAUUGGGGGUAUGAGUGUUCCUUUACAUAGCAUAUUAAUUAAGUGGUACACCACAAAUAACGAGUUUUGUGACACCGGGGUGCCAAAUAAAGACUGUUGCUCUUAAUCAGAAUUUUAGAGGUACACAAACAGUUUUAACUCGGGAUUAUACUAUAAAUAAACUAUUUUAGUUCUCAAAACCACAGUAUGUAGAUUUCUUUCCAUUAGCCUGCAGAUCUCUUGCCCUUAAAGGGACACUCAAAGCACCAAAUACAACUUUAGAUUUUUGAAAUUUCUUUUGUGUAUAGAUUAUGCCCAUGCAGUCUCACGGCUCAUUUAUCUGACGUUUAGUAGUUAAAGGGACAAUAUAGGCACCCAGACCACUCCAUCUCAUUGAAGUUAUCUGUGUGCAGUGCCCCUUUCCCCUUAUGCCUGCAACUGUAAUUAUUAAAAGAAAAACAAAGGAUUGGUGCUGUUGAACCAAACAAAAAGAAAAGGCAGCACAUCUACACCUAAAGGGAUGGGACUUCCUCACAAACCCCAAAAGGAGAGGGAUACUAAAAUGAAUACAAUUUUUUUUUUAUCACAAUAAAAAAUAUUCCCAGUAAAGAUUAAUACUAAAGAAUAAAAAAACAAUAAGUAACUAAAAAAAAGGAAGCAUUAAAAAUGUCCAAAGUAAUGUGCAACUUGCAAGGAAACAGACAUAUCCUGUGGGAAAGUAUCUUCUUCUUGGAAGUACCAGUGGGUCAUAUAGUGCUAGAAAUACAACUUGUAUUUCUAGCACUAUACUUAGUUUCCCUUUAAAUCAUUUUCUACGCAGCUGUAGCCACACCUCCCUGCAUGUAAUGUGCACAGCCUUCUUAAACACUUCCCGUAAAGAGAGAUCUAAUUUUUAUACUUCCUAAAUUGUAAAGCAAUUGUCUCCUGCUCUGAUAAUAGCCUGCAGGAUCCUCAUGUGUAUCAUAAAAGUUAAAUUAAGAGAGCAAGUGAUUUCAAAAAACUCUAAAGUAAACACACUGUGCUGUAAGAUCUGAUAAAAUAUAUGACCAUUAUUUUUGUAUGUUGGCUGUGUGCCAAAAGCACGGGAAGGUGUAACUAGGGCUGCUUAAACAGAAAGAAAGUGGUUUAACUACAAAAUGGCAGAGAAUUGUGCAAGGAGACUGUGGGGUAUGAUCUAUACAACAAAAAUAAACUAAAGUUGUUUUGGUGCUUAGAGUAUCCCUUUAAUCCCUUCAGUCUCAAAUUAUUUUACCCUCCGCACUUUGGGUAUUGUAACUUCGGUCCAAUCUACAAGUCUCUUACCUUCCCAUAAAUGUUUUUUUUUUUUUUUUAUCAGCACCACUCUCAAUUGCAUACUUUUCAGGCACAGGAGGUUGACAAGUGCAAAGUCUCUGUCUUCCAGACCAAUAUAAUACAAAAGUCGAUUGUGGUAUACCGGAACCGACAGUGCUGUAGGCCUGCAAUAAAAGAGGUCCCACCCUAUAUAAAGAUAUGAGAAAAGAGUGUGGUGGGGAGGGCAAAUCACCAAAUCUGAAACGGUAGUGAGGAGAGGUCUGGCGUCCCUUAAGAAGGGAAACCAAGCCCCUCCCACAACUACAGGCCCAAAUUUACAUAUAUAUAUUUCAAGUAGAGAUUGUAGCCGCAUUCGUCCAGUGAUGCAGAUGUAAAAAACAGAUGGCAUUUGUAUCUUGUAAUACCUUUUUAAUUGGAUUAACAGAAUUUUGUAAUGACAAGCUCUCAGGAGUACCUCCCUUUCUUAAGUCUAAAGCUUUUCUUAGCAAAGACGACACAUAGAAUUCAAAGUUGCGUUGUGAUACAGGGGUUAAAUUGACAUGAGUGCAGAUAAGACACAGGUUUGAUAGAAAAUAGAUACCAUUCUCACAGAGGGUCGUAAAUAUCCUGUUUUUUUUUUUUCUCUCUCCCCCCUUACUCUGUGCCACUUGGCUCCUCCUUGUCACACAAUAUAUUUACGACUCUUUGCAUGCUUACUGGAAAUAAGCAUAUGAGUGUCACUCAAAAUAGAUAUUCAAGGUCAGUAUUCCUCUGUGCUUAAUAUAAAUGCAUUUAUACCAUAACAUGCAAGGUACGUACUUGAGAGUGUGGGUGUUUGUCUGUGAGUGUCCAUGAACAUGUAGAUCGCUCACAACACUGUGUUCUAUAUCUGAUUGCAUAUACUGCUUACAGGACAGAAUUGCUCAAUGGCACGACCAGAGCUCUCGAUACAGCUCAGAACUUCGAGAAUUCAAGAACCAGGUGCUGAAACUGCUGGAGAACAUAGAAAAAGAGCGGGAUGGUCUGAGGAACGAGAUGGAGAAUACAAAUAUCCGUGUGGAUCGGUUGGAGAGAGAGGUAGACUACAUAGAGACCCAAAACCCAGCACCUUCAUGCGUGGAGGUUGAUGAAAAAUUGACCGAGCUCCACAUUGAGAAAAAGAAGAAGAAUGAAAAAUAUGCAAAACUGAUAGGUAACUUGUUUGUUUUACUUGUUACUUUUUUUGCAUCAAGCUGCAUCACUAGUACAAAAACCACAUCUCGCUUUUUUACUGCUUACUGGAGCCCUCCAAGCACCAUAAGCAGUACAGCCCUCUUGUGGUUAUGGUGCUAGCAGUGCAGUGGCACCCUCACAGAGUAAGUUGUCAAAUCAUUUAAGACUGGUUCAGAAAGCUCUGCACUGAGAUAAGCCUGGCAGUGCAGGAUAGUGCUCAUUGGUUGAGAUCUGUUAGCUGACAGUCUGCAGGGUUUAAAAGGACACUAUAGGCACCCAGACCACUUCAGCUCAUUGAAGUGGUCUGGGUGCAUAAUCACAGGCCCCUUAACCCUGCAAAGGUAAUUAUUGCAGUUUUUAAUAAGGUGCAAAAUGUACCUGUCAAGGUUUACUCCACCUCUGGUAGACAGCCACACGAGGGACUUCUGAGUCAGUAGGCAACUUUUGGUCGUCUAACUGAUGCUGGGCAUCCUCACGCUAUGCAUGAGGACAUCCAGCAUCACCCAAAACCCCACAGGAAAGCUUUGUAUAAUGCUUUCCUAUUUGGAAGUACUAAUAUGAGCUCAGCCAUUGCUGCGCCUGCACAUUAGGUCCCCCCGCCUGCUGACGUCAGCAAGGGAGGAGCGGAGGCAGAGCCCGAGCCAUAAUAGGGGGACUUGAUGGAGAGGGGAACUAUAGGGAGAUACUAUGUUUGUUUUCCUUGCACUAGGAGGAAAAGGGUGUAUCCAAUGUAACUUGUUGGUUGUGCUUGGAGUGUUCCUUUAAACUGAUAAAAAAAAAAAAAAAAUUCUGAUUGCUGUAUAAAAUGUUUUGCAAGCAUUUUAUAUAUGUGUAGGGUUGGUUAAAGUUACUUAUUCUAGGUGGGGAAUAUUAUUCAUUUUUUAAUAUAUUUUUUGUUCAAUAGGUCCCGUCUUUCUGCCCUUUUCUUCCAACCUGACUUACUUCACCUUGCUGCGCCAGGAAUACAGUUGUACGUGGUGCACAGCAAAGGUUUCACGGGCUUGUAGUUAAAGGCAAUUUAAAUAGUUAGCAUUCUAUCAUAGAAAACUGACAACUGUGCUACAAUUUCCAUAAAUCUCUGAGAUAACCAUAAAGUACUUCUGUGCAGGGAUAUCCGAGACAGGCUCAUCACUUUGCUUUAAAAAAAAUAUUGGAGGAAUGUGGCAAUCUCUUUAGUAACUCAUUUAGGCAUUUCUAAAUUGUAUCUCUCUAUGCAAAACAACAUGAUAGAUAUCCACCCAUAUUCUACCCAUAUUAGAAAAAACACUUGACUCGCGUGUUGGAUGUUUUAGCACAAAGCCAGUUUAAUACAAUUACAAUACAACAUUACAAUCCUUUGUUGGCGGGGCCUGCGCAAGGAUUUAUUCAUCCGAGGCAAAGAAAAAAAAUCUAGUAUGUUCCCCCAUGUGUUUUUACCUUUAGUCUCAGGCUAUUCCCAUUUUCUUGCUAUUUCUUUGCUUGUCUCUUUCCCUUCUUCAUUAGUCUUAUUUCAUGCUAGCUAACUGUACAUGGGCGAUGCAAUUUGUGUUUGCUGCCAUGGGUGUGGAGCUGCUUGUGGUUUUGUUGUGUGUGGUGAGUGGAGGGAGGCUGUAUGUGUUUAUGUGCAUAGAAGCUACUUAUAUUGUGUGUGGAGAGGCUUCAUAUGUUGUUUGUGGGUGCUGUAUGUGUUUUAUGUGGGGGUGCUGCCUGUGAAGUUGCUGCAUAUGCUGUGUGUGGUAGGCUGUGUUGUCUUUGUGGGAAGCUGCCUGUUUUCUGUAUUGUGUUUUUGGCUGUGUGUGUUGUGUGAGAAUUUCGUUUUUGUCUGUGUGUGUUGUGUGUGAAGGCUCCGUGUGAGGUUGCUGUGUAUGUGAGGUUAGGCUAUGUGUGCGAUGUCUAUAUGUCUUGAAUGUGAAGAGUGACCGUUUGCUCUGCAAUGUUUGAGGAGGCUGCAUGUGUGUUGUGUCGGUGAGUUGAUUGCUUGUGUGGGGGUUGACUUGUUUGUGUGUUGUGUAUGUGAUGUGAGUUGUGUGUGUGUGGGGAGGCUGUGUUUGUUGUUUUAAAUCUCCCCACAUAUUACAAUAUUAGUUUAAAAAAAAAAAAUUGCACCCAUCCUUAUUAACUUUGUGUAAGGAGUGGAUCCGUGAACCCUGGUGGUCAUGUGGAAGUAGUGAUCCUUCUUCUUGUAGUUUGGUUGGCAUUGCUUGUGAUCUGUACCUCCUGUGGGUGCAGAUCACUGUAGACAGUCCGUGUCAUGGGGGAUCACUGAUAGUGAUAUGCACUCACUGAAGGUCGAGGAGCCAAGUGCAAUGAUAUUGCUAAUAUGUGACAAAUGUGUCAUUAACCUAUUAUGUUCCAUAUGGACAUUGCAGUGUAUGUGUAUAUUUCUCUAAGGCAAUUAAAAGAAGACAUUCCAGUGCACAUAGGCAUUUGUUGUGUUAUUGAUACUGCCAUGUUACUUUGUAGUUAAAGUGCUUAUUUGUUCUUUAAUUGGUAUAAUUCACAAGGAAUUGUUAAUGUUGCCUUCAAAUGUCAUCAAAUCAGGCGGUAUGGUGUUUGUUCUGCUCAUGCCUAAACAUUUAUAAAUAUUUUGAAAUAUUGGUUAAUUGUUAGAAAACUUUUUCUUUUUAGGUGUUUAAUUUGCAAAGUGUCUAUUAAAUAAUAGGUAAUUUAUCAAGAUUGUUAUCACCAAAAAUUUACUUUGCAAUAUAAUGUAUAGGGCUGUUUUUCACUGAUUUCAUAUUGGUAAAAGUAUUAUCAACUAGUGGGAUUGUGAUUAAUACACAUAAGUUCUCUGUGUCACUGAGCCUGUCACACACACACACAAGCUCACUACAGACAAGCUCACUGACACACACAAACUCACUACAGACAAGCCCACUGACACACAUGUGCCUCAUUUUUACUUUCAUUGCUCAAAAAAAAACAACAUUUUAUUGAAAUGUCAACUGUAGGAUUCAGAUACUUUUGGCUCUGGUGGCCACCUUUUGGCUCUUGUGGCUCUUUGUAUUUUAUUAAAUUACUUUGCACCUAUCAAUUUGGACUUUAGUAUUGAUCAGUUUUCCGCUAUGUAAAGUUUUACAUAAGAAGUCAUUCUUAUUUUAAAUCAAAUUCUCCUGAAUUAAAAAAAAAAGGUAAAUGUAUAAUUUGUGCCCUACAAUGUUAUAUUGGAAUAAGUACAAAAUAUUGUUACAUCAUAUCAAGUUUGACAUAUAUUUCCAAUAUAAAAGUCCAAAUAUUUUUCAAAACAUAAAAUGUUACAGAUGUGACUUGCAUAUGCUUUUACGCUGUAUAAAGGUCAUGGGGUUAGUUAGUGGAACCUACUUUUCAUGUUGCAAUAGGUUGCCCAACGGCUGGUACUCCAGGAAUUUCGGAAAUCGAUGAGAUGCUGGACCAUCCUCCUAACAUCCGGAAAUCAUGUAAGUAGGUUCCAUUAAUUCAGGGCUAGGCAACUGUGUCCCACAUGCUGAUACUUGUCUACAGUUAACAUGAGACAUCAUGGUAAUGAGAAUUAAAGUCCAACUUGAGUUGGUGGAGCACAUUUGUCUGUCCCUGCAUUUACCCUUAUAUAUCUAUUAAAUAUGAACCCAAUGCUAAAUAUUACAUUGUGUCUCCAAAUACAGUAGAUUUGAAGGAUAUACAUCAUAAUAUUUAUUGUUUUAUGGCUUAGUGGGUAAAAAGAUAUAUUAUGUAUAAAUUGUACACUGUCCUUAGUUUAAAAAAAGUCAAUGUGUUUUGAAGCCUGAUCUGAAAUCUCACUUACCACUAACUUUAUGAAUAAACCCUGCACUGAAAGAUCUAAGUGAUCAUUAAAGGUUUCUAUAACAUGUUUAGGCAACCUUUAGUUAGGGUAUCUGUUAUAGGAUUGUGGCAUUGUUGGCUCUCUCACGUAGACAAACUAAGAAAAUAACAUAGACAUAAAACAAAUAAUUUUAAGAAGUGAAUUAUUUGAUCUUUAAAGAAAGCAAAUUAGCAACCAAAUAUAAAUCUAUUGUCUUGCUUUUUCUGUUUUAUUGUUUUCUAGACUGCAGUGACACUAUAUCACAAGUUAAUGCUAUGAAAAUACUGAAGCGUUUCGGAACAACCGCCGGUCUUUGGACGAAGGACCCUAUUGGGAAUUCAGAAAAGAUCUAUGUUUUCGAUGGAGCUGGUAAUGACACGUUAUAUAUUUUCAACCGCAUGAAAGAAUUCACCUUGUCCUCUUCCACACGGAAAGCAAGUAAAAUCAAACUACCAUUCCCUUGGAUUGGCACUGGACAUGUAGUUUAUGGUGGCAACCUGUUCUACAUCCGACAAGGUGAUGAAUUUCAACUUAUCAAGUUCAAUUUGGUCAACAAAACUGUGGUUGACAGUGCCGUGCUCCCAAUAGAAGAACAAGUGCCGGUAUAUGGUCUAUCUAAAUUUAAUUAUAUAGAUAUAGUUGCAGAUGAAGAAGGGCUUUGGGCUAUAUAUGCCACAAAGGAGAAUGAGAAGAACAUCUGUUUAGCCAAACUGGAUCCAAACAGUCUCGGGAUUGAGCAAAUGUGGGAUACUCCCUGUCCAAUAGAAAAUGCUGAAAGUGCUUUUGUGGUCUGUGGUUCACUAUAUGUAGUGUACAAUACCAAGCUCCCAAGUCGUUCUCGCAUUCAAUGUGUCUUUGAUGUUAGUGGCACCAUAUCCAGUGAAAAUGUCCCCAUUGUUUACUUUCCGAAGAGGUAUGGAGCCCAUUCAAGCAUGAAAUAUAACCCUAAAGAGAAACAAAUCUAUGCCUGGGAUGAUGGUUAUCAAAUCUUAUACAAGUUAAGCAUGAAACCCAAAGAAGACCUGUAUUAGAUGGAGUUGGAGUUGGAGUUUUUUUAUUUUAUUUUUAUCAUUGAUCCGCUUCCAUUUAUUUAAGAAUGUUAAAGCAUUAUAUCCUUUAGUAUUGGGUAACACACAUAGCUUUAUGUAUUUGAUAUUGAAAAACUAGUGGAUGAUACUUCCUCCCUAUUCACGUAAUACGAGAAAUGGUAUUAAUUAUAUAUAAAGCCACUGGUUUGUGUGUGUGCUACCCUUUACGCAUAAAUACAACACGAAAAAAGGAUUGAGAACUCCGCGAAGGUGUAUAUAGCUAUAUAAAAAAGCCCCAGAUAGUCAACGCCGUGAUUUAAUAAAGAAAAGUGCAUUGGAAUGUGCACAGAAUGUUGUAACAGGAUACAACAGCAUAAACGUUGUAAAAACCAUCAAGUGUUGCUCAAGAAGUGAGUUAUUCAGAUGAAAUGCAGACUCUGUAACCUUGAUUAUGCCCAUCAUCAAUUUGAAAGCUCUAUGGCCCAUCCCUUAAAAUACAAAUAUUGUAAUUCUGAUCUAAUACAAACAUUUUCACGUCAAUCAGUUUUUAAAAAUAAAAAAACCGCAAGUUGAACGGAUUAAUAUUUUUUCCCAAACAUUUCCAUGUAUCAAAACAUACUUAGAAGUCACACAUGUAGGAAAUUUAGUUACUAUAUGAUGUUCCUAAAAUAAUUAUUCUAUAAUGUGUUGUACCAUUUGUAAGAGGCUUUUGUGUUGCUUAAAAUGGAUGAGUGUCCAUGUGGUAUAUUUUAGAUAAGGACACUCAUGCAAACUUGUCCUAGACUUGCACUGAUACAUGUUCAGUAAGAAAUAAUACUAAAGAGUGGAGCAGUAUGUUAUGUGAAGUGGCUAUUCAGAUAAUAAGCCCUUGAUAUGAUAAUACUUAGUAUCCAGUAGAUGGUUUCCCAAUGUUGAAUUCAGCACAUGAAAAAAAUAUAUAAAAAGCUUUUACGUCCUAAGGAAGCUGGUGGAACCGGCGAAACGUGUAGGGGCGGAGACUGCAGCGGCUCGGAGAACCACGCUGAUUCCCAGGCUGAUUGUGUCUACAACACUCCAGGAAGCCAGAGUCUCCAGCUACCUCAUUUAUACAAGCCGGACAGUGAGUAGCGGCGUAUGCCGUGUCAAACUCACAACUCUCUCCUGUAAGAGUCAGUUAUUCUAGUAUAUAUUGUAUGAUUUUAAUCUAUGUGAAACAUAGGUUGUGAUUAAAUCUUUUGCAUUUUAUGAUUGUUUGACUUCAUCUGCACAAUCUAUAUAUUUCUUUAACCCUUAAUUUGGGUAAAACUGUGGGAAUAUUAUCAGAGUUUUUUUUCAGUCUACACUAUUAUGUGUUUUUUAUAUAUUUUUUUAUGUGCUGAAUACAACAUUGGGAAACCAUCUACUGGAUACGAAGUAUUAUCUUGCACAAAUUCCAUAUCAAGGGCUUAUUAUCUAAAUAGCGACUUAUCAUGACAUACUGCUCCACUCUUUACCAUUAUUUCUUACUGUAUUUGUUAUUUGUGUGUUUUAGGGUUUCACAUUUAGAGUGUUGUCAGCACUGAGAAACAACCAUACCAACUCUAAGCAGUAUUUUAUUUUAUUUAAAAAAAAAUCUACUUUUUCAAAAAGCACUCCAAAAUUAUCUAAGACUGAUACGUGUUCAAGUGUACUGAUCAACGUUUUCUUUUAUAGUCAGUUCAUUCAGUGAAUUAGUAGUUAGAAGAACUUGGAGCGGUGGUUAAGAGUGGUUCUAUGCUCUAUACAUAACAUUACUGGGACAACAUUUCAACUAUACUGUCCCCUUAAUAAAAUGAGUUGCAUUAAAGGACCACUAUAGUGGCAGGAAAACAUACUUGUUUUCCUGGCACUAUAGUGCCCUGAGGGUGCCCCCACCCUCAGUGUCCCCCUCCCGCUGGGCUCUAGGAGGUAGACGGGGUUAAACUUACCUUUUCUCCAGCGCCGGGCGGGGGACUCUCCUCCUCCUUUACUCCUCCUCGGCUGAAUGCGCAUGCGUGGCAGGAGCCGCACGCGCAUUCAGCCAGUCCGUAGGAAAGCAUUCACAAUGAAAAUCACAGUGAGAAGCGCGGAAGUACCUCUAGUGGCUGUCAAUGAGACAGCCACCAGAGGCUGGAUUAACCCUAUUAUAAACAUAGCAGUUUCUCUGAAACUGCUAUGUUUAUAGAAAAAUGGGUUAACCCUAGCUGGACCUGGCACCCAGACCACUUCAUUAAGUUGAAGUGGUCUGGGUGCCUAUAGUGGUCCUUUAAUGUCAUGGCUAAUCAGGCUUGCAGUGUAAAUUGUAUUGGAAGGUGCUGGGGAGGGUUGCGUUCCUCAGGACAGUCACUUUCUUGACUCAAGAAACAUCAAAAUGAUAUAUUUGCUUUUCCUUAUCAUUCCUUUUUUAGAGAUUGUUUCCUAUCUUCUAUAUACCUAUUCAAUAUUACCUACACCCAUCUUCCUUCAAAUGUCUUUGUAUUGAGUGAACUCAUACACGGUUAUUCACAAAAGUGCAACUUGCCAAGAAUUCAACGUAAAUUUCACAUUUUAGCCACACUGGAUUCAAAGCUGACUUGAAAGAAAAUUCAGUUUGACUAUUUGGGCCUAAAAUUUGAAACUAGCUUUGAAUUAGUGACAAUUUAAGUAAUUCUGUGCUAAUGCUUAUUACAAGGGUUUUUUUAAAUAUAACAUUUCAUGAUUAUGUUUAAUUUGUUGUUAAUAAUAAUAUCCAUUGCAAAAAUUCUUAUCGACAUCUUAAUAUCAGUGAUGAGUGUUUUUUGCUUUUUAAAUCUAAUGUUCUGACAGCUUUAGGUGAUCCACUCUCUGCUAGCACUGCACCUAAUAAUUUCUAUUAUAUUAUAAUAGAAUUUACCUCUAUUAUGCCAAUACAAGCUGUGAAAGGCAGGUCUGUGUGUGUAUAUAGAAGUUCUGCUGCUAAAUUAUAUCUUUGCAGUUAUUCCUCAAAUGUCUGUGUUAUCACCCUAAAUUUAAUGAACUGCUUUUAUUAUACAGUGUUUGUGAAAAUUACCGCUGGCUGGCUUAUGGUGGACUACAAAUAAAUUGUUUAACUCACAUAUAAAAUUGAGCUGUGUUCUGAUUAUUAUUAUUAUUAUUAUUAACCUCUUUUCAACACUGGUCAAAACUACAUACAUAUAGAUUUGUUUAAAAACAUUCGACUAGUAUGCACUAUACAUUCUUCCCAACAAAGUCUGACUAAAAGGAGUAGCACAUAAGAGAAGGGUCAUCUUUUUAGAAUAGUUGGCUUUAUUCAGGAGGUGUAAAGGAAAUGACAAUGGAAUGUGCAGUUCUCUCUCUUGUGGGAAUUAUAGAAAAACGACAAGAGAUUUGCACAUCUGAGGCCAAAAAAAGACCAAUUGGAAACAUCCCACAACGCGACUUUUUAAAUGUUUGGCAAUUGCAGUCUAUAAUUUACAAUUGUCUUGUCAAUUCUCCAAAAUCCCUGGGGUAUGGAAUAAAC